GCCUACAAUCCCCUUUCCCCCCUCCUAUUAAACACAAUGCUCUUCUUCAAUCAUUUUAGCUCAGCUUGAUCAUUCUUAGAGAUUGAAAGAAAAACAAUGGGGAGCGAAAAGGUCACCAUGGUGCUGUCUGUGGAUCUUAAGUGCAGUAAAUGCUUCAAGAAGGUCAAAAAAAUACUCUGCAAAUUCCCCGAAAUACAAGACCAGGAGUACGACGAGAAGAAUGGGAAAGUAACAAUCAAAGUGGUAAGUUGCAAUCCUGAAAAGAUCAAGGAAAAGAUUCUGUGCAAAGGCGGUGGAUGCAUUACAAAAAUCGAGAUCAAAGUUCUUCCUGUGACAAAACCACAAACGCCUCCUCCAAAGCCUCCUCCACCGCCUCCUCCACAGCCUCCUCCACCGCCUCCUCCACAGCCUCCAGCGCAGUCAAUUGCGAUCGGAGUUUGUUGUCAGCAACCUUUCGGUGGGUAUUAUCCUUGCUGUCGGGGCUGUGGUGGCCAAUGCUGUGGUAAUUGUGGAAGGCGUGGCCAAUGUGGUGGCCAAUGCGAAGGAAGUUGUUGUGGAAGGCGCAGUGGCGGCCAAUGCGAAGGAAGUUGUUGUGGAAGGCGCUGUGGCGGCCAAUGCGAUGGAGAUUGUAGAAAGCAAUGCUGUGCGAACCAAUGUAAUGCUCCUUUUUGGUGUGAAGAAAAUCCAAAAGGAGGAUGCACUACCAUGUAG